CACACUUACUAUUGUACCCUUCGCACAAAUCUUGCUGUCGCACUACAGUGACAAUAAGGGGCAGCUCACUCGCAGUCCAAUGGCAUCGGCGGCUGGUGACAACAUAAUGUCAGGGAUCAACAUAUCGAAGGAGAUCACAUGUCAGAUUGUGGAUAAUUUGAUGGGCCCCCGGCCAGAUUCACGUUACAACUGGCCUGUCGAGGCGCUUGCAGACAUCUCCUCGACUGUCAGGCAGGAUUUGGCACACGCGCGACUGAUUAACAAAGCCUUCUGCGAUUGCGUAACGCCGCUACUAUUCCGGGACAUCAAAGCAUAUUUCCCAUAUCCAUCACCAGAGCUCAAGCCCUCCGUCUGGGCCAAGGAUAUCCUCAAACUCAGCUCCAGCCGCGUGGCUGGCCAUGUGAAGAGGCUAGAGAUCGGGUUCCUGUCAUGGCCAAGAACGACUGACCCGCCAGAGUUCUUCCUCGAAGAAGUCUUGCUGGAAGCUCUUUAUGCUAUACCAGCUCUGGUAUCUGCAUGUCGAGGACUUCGCAUUCUGAAAAUCGAAGGUUCCCCUCGCGAUCGGGACGAUGCUCCCGUGCUCAGCCAAUUGCAUCGUCGAAUGUUCAAUCAAUGCAUCGACCAAGUCUUCCGGAUCUUGAGUCAAGGCAAUGAUUACACGGGACCAAAAGCUAUUCUGAUGUCACUCCCUCUCGCCCACGACUACGGCCAAAGAUAUUCGAGAUCUCUAGAGUUCCAUUCUGGCACAUAUACAAACCCCCUAACCCAGGUUCUGGAGUCCAUUCAUCGUCUGGAGGUGACCAUUUCGGAUGUCACUGGGUCCGGCGGCCAACGCUAUUGGCCUAGAUCCGAGUCUGCCGGGCACGCAAGACACCCCAAUAUCAGACACCAAAGCGAGCUCUGGGAGUUCAUCGGCCUGGCGAAGCAACUCCGAGUGCUAACGAUACAGUGCUCGCACGUAUUGAAUUUCGACAAUUUCCCCGUUGAUGGACUGCAACACCUCCGCGAGCUUGGAUUGAUAAGGGUGUCGAUGUCAGAAACCCAAUGGAGCAAAUUGCUCGAUCGAACCCGUUCGUCCUUGAAGGCCAUGGAACUUACUCUCGUCGAUCUGACUUCCGGGACUUGGGAAUCAUGCCUUCUUCAACUAUGCACCAUGUCUCACCUCGACCACUUCUUUAUCGACUCUUGCGGCUACACAGCGAAUGGAGCGUCCAGUCAGCAUGCGCUUGGUUUACUGCCAGCUCCUGACGAACAGACGAACAUCGAGACGAUGCAUUUCACGGACGAAAACGCCCUUGGCCACGUACAGCGACACGUGAAUGCUGUGAGGCAGGCAGCUGGCAUGGACUUGUAUGACGAAACCUACUAUCGGUACCUUUCCUCUCGGAGCCUGGAGGAAGAGGGAAGAUUACGCAUAUCGUAA